AUGGAUACUAGCAUGGGGAGCGAAUUCCUGGAAUAUCUUGGUCAGAGCCGGCGUGAAGCUGCCGGCAUCUCUGCGACGAUGUUCGAUGGUCUGAGAGAUGCUCAGAAUCGUGCCAUCAGCGCCGGCGCUCCCCCAACGCGGCUGCCAGCACUCUCGCCCAUUUUCCUUCUCGAGCGCCUGUCUAGGAAAAAUCGGCCCAGACUGUCGGAAGGAUGGCGGCGAUAUCUGGUUGACUACGCAGUUGCGUUGACGACGCUCCAGCGGGCCGAGAGGCUACUUUGGGCGCUCGACAACGCCCUAGUGGCCGACGUCGCGGAGCUCCUCUACAAGGGUAAAUCGUCCGUUAUCAUCCCCAUCGUGGCCGCCGAGCUUGCCAACGGGCCUCGCCUAACCCGCGUCAUCGUGCCCAAGUCGCAGUCGAGGCAGAUGAUGCACACACCGACGUGUGCCCUGGGUGGGCCCUGGGUGUACCUCUUUGAGAAGGGUUCGAGGGACGUCAUCGACGAAAGUGACGACGUCUUCAGCACCAAGUCGGAGCUCACAUACACGAUUGGACAGAAACAGGCCGCCGAUUUCAGCCGUUUGAGAUGGCGUCUGAUCCAGAGUAUCCUCGGCUUGGCGGCCGAGAUAAUCCCGAAGCUCUCCCAGCAGUAUCCUGACAAGUCUAUUACCAGCCGUCGGCCCCGGUCAUCGGCACACCACAGCGGCCCACCGCUGGCCAACGACAUCCUCCACCACGUUGCCAGAUCCAAGCCGAAGAUUCGCGUCAUCCUAGACGCCAGCGCGCAGAUAGUAGAGCUAGGAAACGACCAAGCCGCGCGGUGCUGGGUGGAGUUGGUGCCAGACGAGGACAUUAGAGCCACCAUCUUCUUCAACGCGGCCAAGGACUUGUGCGUCGUGGAGCGGGACGGCACCACCGAGCCGUUUCUCACGUCCUCGUACGCAACCAACAUGGCCGCUUGUAUCGUCUUCCUUGACCAGACCCGCGGCACCGAUCUACGCCUGCCCAGCCACUACCGUGCGGCCGUGACACUCAGACCGGGGCUGACGAAAGACAGAUUAGUGCAAGCUGUCCUUACUUUGGCUCCCAAUCAAAUGACGAGAAAAGGCGAGCAAAAUCUGACAAACAUUCCUCAUAUUGCCAGGUUCCAUUAA